GCGAGAAUAAAUAGGCGAUUUGAUCCAACCGGUAAACAAACGCGAAAUGGGACGGGACGGGAAAGGACUCGUGUGACGUAGGCCUCCCAAAUCCGUCGCGUAGAUUUGGUUGUUAUGAACUGACCCACGUUGUGCUGUGAAGUCCAGCGGCAAGAAUCCGUACCAGUACCCACGGGGAUGCAUUUUCCCUUGUGCCUGCUCACGUUGUGGAGUUGCGGUCACAUCAGCGGCGGAGUCGGAUCGCCUACAGAAGACCACCAAGUCAUUGGAACAGCCCAGCCGGUGGUCGCAUUAACCGGUCAGGAGGUGGUCCUGCCGUGCCGACUGCAGCCAACCCUUGAUGCCGCCAGGAUGACAGUGGAGUGGUCACGGCCGGACCUUGCCCCAACAUAUGUUCACAUCCUUCAAGAUGGACGCGAGAUUUUCGGUCAUAAAAACCCAUCGUAUAAGUUUAGGACGUCGCUGUUCGCAGAGGAGCUGCCUAACGGGAAUCUCUCUCUGAGGCUGUCCAAAGCGACUCUCGCUGACCAGGGGCUGUACAAGUGCUUUGCUCCGUCUCUGGAGAGUCACACGUUGAUUCAGCUCCUCGUUGGCGCCACGUCACAGCCAGUACUGACCAUCAUCAAGUCAGAAGAUGGGCAGAUUGUCUUGAUGUGUGAGGCAAAAGACUUGUACCCAGAGCCUGUGAUGUCUUGGUUGGAUGGGGAGGGAAACUUCCUCUCAGCUGGCCCCACCAUCAACUCAACACACUCUGACUCCUGCUACAACAUCCAAGGAAAUUUGACAGCGCCCAGGGCUGGUCCCUUCACUUGCAGAAUUCAGCUGCAGCAUAUCAACUACACAUUAGAAGAACAGAUUCAACUCACAGAAUCUUACUUUGAGCCACGCAGAACGGAACCAGUAGUCAUACCAGUUGUGGUGUGCUGUCUGGUGCUGAUAUUAGUGGUUAUUGGAGCUGUACUUCUCUGGUAUUGGAAAUCUCAACAAACUAGUAACAGAUCACCUGCUGUUACCAUCACCAUGAGAGAAAGGAGCAACGAGAUAAUGGAAAUGGAGGAAAACCAGGCUGAACUCGUCUACCUUGUUCAGGAAAAUCAGAACACGACCCCAGUUACAGACGUGGUUUCAGAAGAGGAAGAAGAGCACGGUGAACAAAAUGCCAUAGGUUCAGCUCCAGACCCAACAAAACCACAUCUACUCAUUCCACUGCGCAGGAGCAAAAGCCUCCCUAUAGGGGCAGAUUUGCAGAGUAGCAUGUCAACAUUGAGAAAACCGAGCCGAAGAAGGUGUGUGAGCAUAAGCAUGACAGCUCCAAUCAAGAUAUCCAGGCGCGAAAGCAACAGGAAUGUGAGAUAA